AUGAGUGAAAGAUUGGUCUUAACACCCAUCCUUCCCAAUGGCAUCUCGCUUGAACAGUUCAACUCGGUUAAAAAAGUUGCGACUUAUCUCGGGCUUGAUUCACCAGACUUGAAAUACUUUUGCGGCCAGCCCCUCCAGUUUGCUGCAGAAACAGGGGGUUAUUUGGCCGAAUUGCUCUCUACCGCUACUCUCGACAGACUCUUGGCUUUGAAGGCAGUUAUCGAUGCAGGUCAUGUCGGGUUCCCGGUUUAUCAACUGUGCAUUCUCAGGAGGAGGCUUUGGCUUAAGUUCUCGAAGAAGGCUGGAUCUGGAUCUGGAUCUAAAUUUGGGUUUGGGUCUGAUCUUAACCCUGAAAUUGAGGUUGAAUCACCCAUUGAGAAGGGUCAAUACGGGCUUGCUGGAUGGGAAGACAACGAAAAAUGGAAGCACACGCGCUUCGACUCACUGGCAGGUUAA